AAUUAGUAGUAGCACCACUCUCCCUGACAUUUUGGGAAUGUUCUCGACCUGGACCUCCUGAAAGCAUAGGCCGCCAAUCAGAAUGCGCGGGCAGAAGACAUAGUGUGUUCACAGAUGGCGUUGUUCCCCCUCCUUCUGCUGUGCUUGACAACAGGCAGUGUCACGGCAAACAGCUGCACCAAGCCAGAUGGGCUUGUCUGCGUCUAUGAUUACUGGCAGAACGUAAGCUGUGUUCUGAACAACACGGACGGAGAAGCCAAAAACACAGACCGCUGGUUCAAUUUCACAAGAAUACCGCCUGGCGAUGGGGCACGAUUUGAGUGCCGGUUUGAGAGGAACCCGUCCCGCUGUCAAUUCGACACAGGAAUGCUUCUCAGGUCGUACCACGAAUUCCGUGUUCAAUCCUGCAAUUCAUCUGGCUGCUAUGAAAUAUCCCAGUUUAUGCCAGUCGAUUGCGUUCAAACUACGUCUCCAAGUGACGUCAGUGUCAACAGCUCUUUGGAUAGCUUCAUCAUCACCUGGAAGAGCGGAUAUAAAAACCACAUCUAUAUCAAACCCGAAACAUUAACCUACAAGGUCUUGCUUCCGAAAGCUCAUGGGCGCCAUGAGUCUAAACAGAUUCAGGACGGAGAACUGUCGAUAACUCUUGAUUACUCUCGGUUGGAUCUGAGUAGUGAAUAUUGUGUCCGGGUAAAAUCUAAAUAUAAGAACGCAGUCCGGUGGAGUGAGUGGAGCGAGUCGGUGUGUUGGCAACGGGGAGAAGACCAAUCACAGAUGGGUGUGUAUCUAUUGACCGCCGGCGUCUUGUUGCCCGUGUGUGUGUUCGCUGGCCUCCUGCUGUGGCGCUCCGUCCUAUCCACAAGGCUGAAGGUGAGAUCUUUGCUCCAAGUGCCUUCACCAGCGCCCUACUUUCAACCAUUGUUCCUCCACUAUGAAGGCAACCUCCAUGAGUGGCUGUCGUCUCCGGGAGCCUACAUGGUGACCUUUGACCCGGACAGCCGGGUGAACGCCCGACACAUCACCAUGGCGCCCAGGGCCGCCCAGUAUGGGCUGGAGGAGGAGAACUCCAAGCUGAGCCCCCAGCCCGCAUCACCCCCCCAGGACCCGCUGUCCUACAUCAUGGCUCCAGGCGCCGCGGCCUUCGUCCCCCGCGCCCCCCCGCACCCCACCACCAUCGCCGCGGUCGUCGACAUGUCCUACGUGGCGUUUCCGGGCGCCACUGCACUGCUCUGCUGCGCGGAAGAGGCUUCGGAGGCGGCCUCCAUGGACACGAGCCAGGCGGAGUCCGGAAGUGGGUGA